AUGUGCGGGCGGACGGCCUGUUCCCUGGGGGCCGAGAACCUCCGCCGAGCCUGCGCCUAUCGCGACAGGCGGGGCCGGCGGCGACAACCCGAGUGGAUCCAGGCGGAGCGGUACCGGCCCUCGGACAACAAGGGCCCGCAGUCCAGCGGCCCGGUGCUGCUCCCCCGCCGGCACCUCCAGCAGGAUGCCGACUCCUCCGAGCGGGUCCUCAUGGACAUGCGCUGGGGCCUGGUUCCCUCCUGGUUCAAAAAGGACGACCCCUCCAAAAUGCAGUUUAAUACCUCCAACUGCCGCAGCGAUACCAUGCUGAAGAAGUCCUCCUACAAGGGUGCUCUCCUCAAGGGCAAGCGCUGUGUCGUUCUGGCAGAUGGCUUCUACGAGUGGCAGCAGCACAGUGGGGGGAAACAGCCGUAUUUCAUUUACUUCCCCCAGACCAAGGAUGCUGAGGCCGAGGAGAAGGAGGGAGACGAGGAAUGGCGAGGCUGGAGGUUGCUCACCAUGGCUGGGAUUUUCGACUGCUGGGAGCCGCCGGCAGGAGGAGAAAUGCUGUACACUUACACCAUCAUCACUGUGGAUGCCUCCAAGGACGUGAGCUUCAUCCAUCACAGGAUGCCAGCCAUCCUGGACGGGGACGAGGCCAUCGGGAAAUGGCUGGACUUUGCUGAAGUGCCAACCCAAGAAGCGGUUAAACUCAUCCAGCCCACAGAGAACAUCGUUUUCCACCCAGUGUCCACCUUUGUCAACAGUGUCCGCAACAACGCGCCUGAGUGUCUGGCACCCAUUGAGCUGGGAGCCAAGAAGGAGGUCAAAGCCACCCCGAGCAGCAAAGUGAUGCUGGGCUGGUUAAAAAACUCCCAGGAGGGCUCUCCCCAGAAGAAAGAAAAUGACUUGCCCAGAUGGACGAGCCAGUUCAUCCAUAGCCCUUCGCCCAAGAAAACCAGCGCUGGUAUCCUGCAGCAGUGGCUGGGGAAAGAGGGAGAGCCGGCUGCAAAGAAGCGCAAGGCUUAG